GAACCCUUCCCGUAAAUGAACGCUCUUCACCCAGUGCAACAUGUAUGACGCGGCCAAGCUCCAAGUUAAAUUUCCUAAAACUGAAGAGACGCGUCAGCGUGGGAAGGAUGAAGGAAUGGAUUUUUUACUUUUUUCCAAUGUUCAUGAGACCGAGCAUUCUAUGGAGUGACGUGCGAUUCCGUUCCGUUCCUCGAUCACUAAUCGGCAUGGUCACGCGUCAAUCCGCCUCGUUUUGUGUUGACCACGAGAAGUCGCAGGGGUCAAAAUCUAGAAUUUUGAAUUGGAAUAGGAAUAGGAAUAGGAAGCUUCUGGUUUUCAUGGAAAUUGAAAUUGUUUUAUAGUCCAAACUGCCGGGCAAUUUGGUCUGGUUUUACAGAAAAAGAUUUAUCUAAAAAGGACAAGGGACAUCAGCACAUAACUUAGGCGGAUGUAAAAUGCCGAUAUCUCCAGCAGGUAUGUCUGUAUUGGUCGGAAGUAUUAAGCGGAGGAGCCAUAGUAUUUGCAGAUCCAGAUUAUUUUCAUCUCAACCAUCCAAACCGAGCCGGUUCUGGGAUCACCGCGCAUUUCUUCUGCUGGCGGCAGGUAGUGGUGGUCUUAUGCUUCUUGCAGAUUCUGCAUUAUCUCAAGAACUGAACCCAGCUGAAGGAUCUGAUAAAGAUCUCAAUAAAAAGAAAGUUCUUGUCCUAGGUACUGGAUGGGCUGGCACUAGUUUCUUGAAGAACUUGGAUUGUUCAAAGUAUGAUGUUCAAGUUGUUUCUCCCCGUAAUUAUUUUGCUUUCACUCCUUUGCUUCCAAGUGUGACAUGUGGAACAGUAGAACCAAGGAGCAUUUCAGAGCCAAUUCGAAAGAUUGUAAAACAUAAGAAGGAAGACGUUAGAUUCUGGGAAGCAGAGUGCUUGGAGAUAGAUUCAAAGCAGAAGAAAAUUCUCUGUUCUUCUAAUAUUGAUGCUGGCAAAGAGAAGGAAGAUUUUCUCUUGGAUUAUGAUUACCUGAUUAUUGCUGUGGGAGCAAGAUCAAACACAUUUAAUACUCCUGGGGUAGCUGAGUACUGCCACUUUUUGAAGGAAGUGGAGGAUGCUCAAAGAAUACGCAGGAGUAUAGUGGAUUGUUUUGAGAGAGCAAGCUUGCCUCAUUUAAGCAAUGAAGAAAGAGAAAGGAUUCUUCAUUUUGUAGUAGUUGGUGGAGGGCCCACUGGAAUUGAGUUUGCUGCAGAGUUGCAUGAUUUUGUUCAUGAAGAUUUGCUUAAGCUAUAUCCUUCAGUGAAGGAGUUCGUGAAGAUAACGGUCAUUGAGGCAGGGGAUCAUAUCUUGAACAUGUUUGAUCAGCGAAUCAGCAAGUUUGCGGCAAAAAAAUUUCAGAGGGAUGGUAUUGAUUUAAAAACAGGAUGUCCUGUGGUUGAGGUAACUGACAAAUACAUUAGCAUGAAUGAUAAAAAAAGUGGGAAGAAAUUAUCCAUCCCAUAUGGCAUGAUUGUCUGGUCUACUGGAAUUGGGACUCGUCCUGUUAUAUCUCAAUUCAUGCAACAGAUUGCCCAGACCGACAGGCGGGUUCUAGCAACAGAUGAAUGGUUGAGAGUUAAGGGAUGUAAUGAUGUAUAUGCACUUGGUGACUGUGCAACCAUAGACCAGCGAAAGAUAAUGGAAGACAUAUCCUACAUAUUCAAGAUUGCAGAUAAGGAUAAUUCUGGCACCUUAACCAUAGAGGAAUUUAAUGAUGUAAUAAAGGAUAUCCGGCUGAGAUAUCCUCAAAUAGAUCUUUAUUUGGAAAGACAGCGUAUGAGUAAUGCAACCAAACUGCUAGAAGGGGCAGCAGAAAGUGGACAUGAUAAGACAAUAGAACUCAAUAUUGAGCAGUUCAAGUCUGCACUCAGUCAUGUGGAUUCUCAAAUGAAGACGCUACCGGCAACUGCACAGGUUGCAGCUCAACAGGGCAACUACCUUGCGAAGUGCUUCAAUAAAAUGGACAAGUGUGAAGCUGAGCCAGAAGGUCCUUCACGUUUUAGGGAGUCAGGGCGUCACCGAUUUCGCCCAUUUCGGUACAAGCACUUGGGGCAAUUUGCUCCCUUGGGUGGUGAACAGACAGCUGCACAAUUACCCGGGGACUGGGUUUCGAUUGGCCAUAGCAGUCAAUGGCUUUGGUACUCUGUUUAUGCCAGCAAGCAAGUCAGUUGGCGUACAAGAGUAUUGGUAGUCUUUGAUUGGACAAAGAGGGUAAUAUUUGGAAGGGAUUCAAGUGGCAUGUGAGACACAUCAAAUUUCUAGAUCCAAAGAUGUUCAAUAUUUAAGCUUUUACCUUGUAAACUAUAAAUCCAUUCAUUCAGCUUAUAACAUUUAUCUUAUGAGCUAUUCAGGAGAUAAUAUUGUUUCCCUUUAUGUAGAAAAACAUUCUGUUCUUUUGUUUUGUAAAAUUAGGCUUCAUUAUGUGAAAAAGUUCUUGAAAUAUACAACUUUUUAAUAUGUCAAAAGUAUCUAGCUGAGUUAGACGGUAUGUGGCAUGAUUUCCUUGAACGUUUUGGACUCCCAAAUAACAAAAAUGAUAAAUUUGGCACAGCAAAAUAAAUAAACGAAAAUCAAUAUGCAAUUAUAACCACUAUCCUCACAUCUGGAGGUGGAUAUUUAUUGAUUUUUUAAUUUUUUUUUGAAAUUAUGGAAAUAUAUUAAGCACACCAA